AUGCCCUCCGUUGAGUCCAUUUCGAUCGGGGCCAACAGGCAGACCCACGUGUCGGACGUUCAUCCCGAGACCCAUCACAUUGCCUACGGGGCUAACACCACGGUUGCCUUGUGGAAUCCAUUAGAUGCAUCCAGCAAGGGUGUCUACAAGACGCUCAACGCGCACACCAAAGAGGUGACGAGCGUUAAAUUCAUGCCAGGCACACCGUUUUUGAUCUCAGCAGCCGAAGACUGUGACAUUUGCAUCUGGAAACAGGAUCAGGACCAGGGCGAGUACGCAUUGUUCCAGACGUUGACCGCCUUCCACACCGCGUCCGUCACGUGCAUGGCUGUGUUCGGCACCUUGCUCGCGACCGGCUCCUCCGACGGAAAAAUCUUCCUCUGGGGCUUGCAGGACGGGCUAUUUGUGCAGGUUCACUCGUUUAGGGUGCGGGUGGGCUACUUCCCUCUCUGUUUGGCCCUCCAGCGAGUAGAAGCGAACAACUACCUCCUUGCGGUCGGCGGGACCCACGUCAACAUGUUUGUGUAUUCCUUUGGGUAUGGCGAAAAGAUUGAUGGUUUUACGCUCAGCGCGACGCUUCCAGGCCACGAAGACUGGAUCAAGGCGAUUGCGUUCAAGCAGGAGAGUGUGGGAAACUGGCUCGUGGCGCUGGGCUCGCAGGACCGAUACAUUCGCUUGUGGCGCUUCCGGAUCAACGAAUAUAUUGAUAACUCAGACGAGGAUCUGGCAAAGUUGAUUCUCCUCACAAACAAGCAGUACAAAUUCGCGGUAAAUUCCACAAAAGUGGCCAUUAACUUUGAUUCCUUGAUCAUGGGACACGAUGAUUGGAUCACUUCGCUUAACUGGCACCCGUCCCCUGGCGCGAUGUACUUGCUUUCGUCGUGUGCCGACACGUCGUUGAUGAUCUGGAGCAUGGAUCAGCUUUCGGGGAUCUGGUGCUGUGUAUCGCGUCUCGGGGAGAUCAGCAUCAAGGGUGCGUCCACCGCAACCGGCGCCGCGGGUGGGUUCUGGUCGGCAUUGUGGUUUGAGGACGCGCAGAGGCAGUGGAUCGUGACCAAUGGGAAGACCGGGAGUUUCCGCGUGUACUCGUCGGCUAAACUCGGGGAAGCCGAGGAUAAACUUUCGCAAUGGGACCAAAAUCACUUGGGGAUUAGUGGCGCCACCAAGUCUGUCACCGACUUGUCCUGGGCCCUUACCGGUGAUUACCUUAUGUACACGUCUUUAGACCAGACCACGCGCCUUUUGGCCCAGUGGACGCAGACGGAUGGCCGGGAAAGAUCCGCGACGUGGCACGAGUUUGCCAGACCGCAGAUCCACGGCUACGACAUGGUUUGCCUCAAGCCGAUUGACGACUUGAAGUUUGUUUCCGGGGGUGAUGAAAAGUUGUUGCGCAUUUUUGAGCUUCCCAGGGGUGUGGCGGAGAUUUUAGGAAAGUUCUCUGGUGCAAAAUUCAACAAGCAGGUUGUAUCAGACGCUGCCUCGCUUCCGGUGUUGGGGCUUUCCAACAAAGCCACGGCUGAGGAGGAGGAGGAGGAAACAGAGGCCACCAACAUCACCUACGACACGUUGCAGCUCUUGACGCAGCCGCCGUUGGAAGACCAUCUCCAGAGACACACAUUGUACCCGGAAAUGGAAAAGUUAUAUGGCCAUGGGUACGAGUUGGUCACGGUCGAUGUUUCCCGUGACGGGAAAACCAUCGCCUCGUCAUGCCGCUCCAACUCCAAGCAGCAUGCCACCGUCAGACUCUUCCAGAAUGGUGCUAAGGAUGACUGGUUGCUUUCUGAUAAUAGUCUCUCUGGACACAGUUUGACUGUAACCCGAGUCAAGUUUUCGGCCGAUGACACGUACUUGUUGUCAGUCUCCAGAGAUCGAUCGUUUGUUUUGUGGGAGAAGCGGGGCGAUGGGUAUGCCAUGGCCGUGACGAAUGAAAAGGCGCACUCCAGAAUCAUCUGGGAUUGCUCUUGGGGGCCAGAUGCAUGGGGUAAUGUAGCCUUUUUCACCGGCUCUAGAGACAAGACUGUAAAGUUUUGGGAAGUUACGGCGAAUGGGGUCGAGCUCAUAGCCACACUUCGGCUGCAAGCUGUGGUGACAGCUGUGGAUGUGCAUAGAGAUGUCUUCGGAGGGAAGGCUGUAUUGGCUGUGGGGUUGGAAGACGGGGGUGUUUUGGUGUAUUCCAUGACGAGGGCAGGGGAGUUUACCUUGGUUUCACGGUUCCCGGACGAAAUCUUGCCCGCUGCGAGGGUCAACAGGCUUGCCUGGAACCGCCUGGUGGCGUCCAAUGGUAGAUUAAAGUUGGCUGUUGGGAGUGAGGACACUUCGGUGAGAAUCUAUGGCGUGGACAUCACUAGCUAA